AUGGCUGUUGACUUAAACUGCGAAGCAUCGGCGGGCAGUCCGCGCUUCGCACUCCACGAGCACGUUCCCGACGCUAUCCCAUCCGACUGCCCCGACGAGAUCAUCGAAAACGACGAGCUCCUAUCCCCAAGAGAGCGCGCCGAUGCUACUUCCGGCAACGCCGCAAUAGUUGCCGCCCAUGUCGAACUCUCUGACCACGACAACCCAGCGGAACACCCGGGAAACGAUGACUAUGCCUGCCCGAAGAAGCGCGCGCGCGCGUCUCGCAAGGACCCAGCGGUGCGCGUUCCCGUGGGCACGCGCGUGCGCGUGCUGUGGCCGCGCGACGGGCAGUGGCACGUGGGGCGGGUUACCAAGUUCGACGCAAAGAAAGCGCUGCACACGGUGACGAUUGACCGCGGGGAGUCGAAAAGGAUCGACCUCCGCGUCGUGCCAUGGAGCAUACUGGUCGAAGGAGCCGUGCAUCCCCGGAGCGGUCACAUGCACAUCGGACUCGCAGGAAACGUGCACCUUGGCGGUGGCAGCGUGUGUCAUAGCGAGGCCGCAUAUAUCGCAGACGGUGUGAGCUACUCAUCGAACCAGCACCACAGCGGCGCCUCCCCCUGGCAGGGACACCAUCCGCCCGCCUAUGGCGGCUCCAUGCCAGUUGCACCUCCCGCCCUUCUGCCUCCCCCGCCUCCUCCUCCGCUACGGCUCGAGCUUCCGUGGCAGGCGCAAGCGCAACCUGCGCCGUACCCCGCGCAGCAAACGCAGGGACAGCCCGCGGGUAGCCAUGGCCAGUACAACGCUGUGCAGCACAUGCAGGUGACGCAGCAGCAUGCUUACCAGCAGGCUAGUUACCAGCAGCCUGAUUACCAGCAGCCCCAAAUGCAGCAGCCACAGCAGCGGCAACCGGCGCAGGAGCCUUCCCCCGCCCCCGCGCAGCAGCACUACUACCCGCAGGAGUACUCGCAGCAGCAGAGCUACCAGUACGUGGAGCAUCGACAGCACAGCCUGUAUCCGCAGCAGCUGGGCAGUGCGGCAGCGCACGCGGAAUACACAAGCGCGCCCCCCAUCAUUCCCGCGGAUCCGACAACCCGCCCCUCACCCGCGCUGCUUCACAUCCCCGCGUUCGCUUCAGCGCCGCCGUCAGCGCGCCCUGCGGAUGCCCCUUGCCCCUGUUGCCACCGGCGCAACCCCCCCGCCCCGGUAUCCACCGCGCCCCUCGUUUGUAACUCCCUUCCCCAUGCUCCUCCGCCUGCUUUCCCAGUCAUCAACGCGGCACCUACGGGGGGAACUGCGGCAAGCGCAUACGCAGGGGAGAGCGGAGCAGGUAUUUGCGCAGGUUCGUGCGGGCACCCUCACUACCCUUGCGGAAGCAGCGGGAGCAGAUGGACUGGCGGACGCGGACGCGCGGGGGGGCCGCUGGCGGGAUGCACUGGCGGGGGACAUGCGUGCAGUCACGGCUGUGCGCAGGGGUACGUUUGCGCAACGUAUGAGACGCAGCAGCAUCCCAUGUACGAGGAAGGCGCACGCGGUCGUGUAUCGAGUCAGGUGCAUCCGCAAAGCUUUGCGGAAAGCUCCCCGCUUCCCCGGGUCGUGCAGACAGCCGCAUGGUUCCCCUCCCCCGCCGCCGCGCAGGCGCAACGUCACCGCAGCGUUCCCCGCGUGCCCCUUUCCCCCAGCUGCUGGACUUACGGCGAUGCAGCUGGGCAUCCCGCGGAAGCCGCCAUGCAGCAGCCGCGAAUUGGACCGGACAGGCGCGGGUAUAACCAACGCGACGCGGUUGUAGUCGCAAGCAGCAGCGGCAGCGGCGCGGAUUCGGACAGCUGCAGCGGCGACGGCGACGGGAACGAUCGUUGCGCGGGCGUGGUGUGGCCCGUUACGAGCGACGAGAUGAAAGCUACGGUGGCGGAAAUGUCCGUGGCGGUUCUUGGGGGGCAGAUGAACGGGCAGGUGAACGGGCAGAUGGCAGAGUCAGAGGAUAUGCGUAAGCCGGCGAGAAAGAUCGAAGAGCUGAAGGGUGGGGAGCUUGCGAGAAAGAGAAAGAGGAAGGAGGUGUGCGAGGAAGCGGGCAUAACGAGAGAGAAAAGCUAUCAACCUGCGAAUGCUGUCGCAUGCGAAGCAGGAGAGAUCGCAGCGCCACCGUCAGCGAAGACCGAACUGGCGGAUUGCGACAUGGAGGCUGUGGAGCUCAUCUUGACCGUUGCUCACCAGCUGCGCGACGGCAAGGAGUCGCAGGCGACACAGCAUGCGACUGAGGGCGGGAGGGAGGAGGAAGGCGUGCGAAAGCUGGACGAGGAUAGAGGCGCGGAGGGUGAGGAGAUCGAGGGCAAGGGCGAGGUGGGGAGCGGUGGAGGAGCAGCAGUUGCGACUGCUGAAGCAUCUAGAGUUUCAGAAGCAGGUGCGACUGCAGCGGCGCCAGCAGCAGAAGACGACAAGCAGAGAGUCCCGGCGUGUUCCUCUGGUCCCUUCCCGCCUCUGCACCCCGUGGGUGCCACCGUGCACAUGGCUCCUGCGGGGCCGCACGGCUCUCACACUCACACUCACACUCACACUCACGCUCCCGUGUCUCUGUCUGCCAGCUCCGACAGUGACUGCACGGGAUGCGGCCACAGCAAGCCCGGCGCAUGGGGCUUUGCUAUGGGGCCCUGUGGUGGGUGCGGGGCUGGUGGCGGACAGCCUAUGACGACUGUGUGUGCUCCGUCCCAGCCUGCUGGUCUGUCCCCUGCCACUCCUCCUCGGCUGCUUGAUGCUCGUGCACCGGGCACAGCAGUGCGCAGCCAGCUGCCUCAGUGCUCUCAGCAGCAGCAGCAACAACCGCAGCAGCAGCAGCAGCAGAGUCAGUAUCAGCAGCAGCACCAACAGCAGGAUUCAGUGAGUGGCGGCCGUGGCACAGCGGCAGCAGCCGCAGCAGCAGCAUCCCCAUCCAUGCGGUUGCGCCUGCCUAUGGCUCUCUUCACCAGCACAACUACUCCGCCACCCAUGGCCCCUUCUCAGCACACUCCUCCCACGCCCACCCUCCUCCCCUGUUCCACCACACCGACCAUCCCUCCCAUGCUCUCCCUGCCUGCAUCUACACCUCUCCCUACGCCCUCUGUAGCUGUCGCGCCUCCCUUGUCUGUUCCUGCUCCUUUGCCUUCACCUGUUGCAGGUAGGCCAGGCAUUCCUCCCCGCUCGUCCUCCUGUGGGACUGCAGCUCCUAUUCCCCUGCUCGCCAUGCCAACCGCCCUCGACCUCUCCGCUCCUUCUGCUCUUCCUCCCCCUGUUCCUCCUGGCUUUCCCGCUCCUGUCACUGCAGCCUCCCCACAGGCGCCUCAGCCUGUCUCCGGAUUCCAGUCCCGGCCUUCCCCACUCUGCCUGCAGCUGUUGCCACGUCGCCAGCCGUCGCCCUCCCUGCCAUGUGCCCCACUGCAAGCUGCUUCUCCCCAGCAGCCUGCUCUCCGCCUGUCCCUGCCCCUACGCCUGAACACACAGUCACCACCAGCGUCAUCCCUGCCACUUCAACGGCCCUCCCCAGCGUCAUCCCUGCCAUCAGCCCGUGUUUCUCUCCUCUCCCUGCCGCCCACCCUUUCUCUCCCCAGCCCGGCUCUGACUAUCCAGCCACGGGCUGCCUCUGUAGCUGCUGCAGCCUCACCAGGGCCUGUCAGCACUGGAAGCUCGCCUGCUCUUGUGCCCAGGGCGCACUCUACUCUGCUGCGCCUGCCAGGCGGCGGGAAUCAAGCCGCGUAUCCUACAUGGAACGCUCCAAUCGUCCAGCCGGCUCCGUACCCGCCGUACGCUGCUUUCUACCCGCAUCCGUCUUAUAAUCGACUGCCGCAACCUGUCGCUCUCGUGCCGAUUCCUGCGGCGCCGUUCGCGCAACAGCCUCCAUCGCUCUACCAGCAGCAGCAGUUGGUGCUGCAACAGCAGCUGCACCAGCGGCAGCAGGAGAUGCAGCGUCAGGAGAUGCAACGUCAGCAGCAGCAGCCGCAGCAGCGGCAGCAGCAGCCCCAGCAGCAGCAGGAGCAGCAUCAGAACACGCUAGGGAACGCGGAGGCGUUUCAGAGGCUAAUGGAGGCGUUUCCGAGCCUGGGGCAUAGCUGCGUAGAGCGCGCGUUCCUGGACGCUAAAUACGACGUGAACCUUGCAGCAGCCGUGCUCGCAUCGUCGCAAGAACAGCCCGCGAGCGACCUCGCUGCUGCUGCUGCUGGUUCUUCUGGUGACUCUGGUGGCGCUGCUGGCGGCACAGGCGCUGCAACGCAAGGCGGAGCAGCAGUCAAAGACGGCGCAGCAGCGCACCAAGCGCAGGAGCAGGAGCAGGAGCACCGGUGGUGGGAGGAAGCCCCUUUCACUGCAGCAGGGAGGGCAGGGGGGGAGGUAAAGGCGGAGGGGGUGGUGGAGCGGAAAGCUGAUCUGCAGGGGAGUGACGCGGUUGGGGAAGAUGAGGACGUGUUUGUGUGGGGUGAUGGGGGGUGGGAAGCGGUGGACGAGUGCACGAACGAAGCAAGAGGUGGGGGGAAUGUGAACUGGCAGGGAGACGCGGAGGGGCAGGAGAAGGGGCGGGGUGACAAGAGAAGGAGUAGGAAGAGCAAGGGAAAGAGCAAAGUGGAUGACCUGGGCGAUGUGAAAUCGGAAGUGGUGGGGAAGGUGAGUCGUGGUGGUGGGGGGUCGAGUGAAGGGGGCAAGGAAACGGCUCAGCGUGACACUAAGAGGAGUAAACUGAAAGCUCCUUCUCCUCAGAAGCCACAGAAGCAGAAGCAGCAGCAAGGAGGGGAGAGGGAGAAGGGUGCUGCAGUGCAAGGGGGGAGUGCGUUAGAGACCCAGGCAGAGCCACUGCGCCAGGCAGAACGCACGCAUGCAGUAACUGCUGCCACUCCUGAUGACGCCGCUGCCGCCGCCACCACCACCGCUGCCGCCGCUGCUGGUCCUGGUGGUGCUGGUCUGGCAGCAGCGGGUGACUGUGAGGGCGAGGGCGAGGGCGAGGGCGAGGGCGGGGCGAGCAGCAUGGAGUACAGCGAUAUGGUGGAUUUCUUCUACUCCAUGCUGGGCAGCAAUGCAUGCAUUGAAAAGGACACCAUCAGCUACGUCAUCUAUCAUACUCGCCUUAGUUCUGACGUGUCUUCAUGCUCUGUCUCUUCCCUCUUCCCGUUCAAUGCGUGUCUUUAUAGUCUGGAGGUGCUGUUGGGGCUUGUGGGCGGGCAGGCGGAUCAGGGGGGAGGGGAGGGCGGACAGGGAGGGGGAGGGGCAGGGGGGGAAGCGGGGGAAGGCGGGUGGGGGAGAGCGUAUGGGGAUGUGGAGAUGGAGGAGGCAGAGGGAUGGUACCCAGGGGAAGAUGCUGCUGCUGCUGCUGCUGCUGCUGGGGGUGAUGCUGCUGUUGUUGGUGGUUCUGCUCUUGCUGGUGCUGGUGGUGCUGCUAGUGCUGACGGUCAGUUGAGGACUGGUGGUGUGAGUGGGGAACAGCAGCUGCAGCAGCAGCAGCAGCGGCAGAAGAGGUUGGGAGUGGUGCAGAUGGAUGAGAACAUGGAAGAUGCAUUCCAAGCCAAUGCUGCUGCUGCUGAUGCAGCUGCUGGGAGUGCAAGGGGCGAUGAGCAAAAGCUAGCCACGCUCUGUGACGCCUUCCCUUCCUUUGACCGCGCUGUCGUCGCUGCGUUCUUGGAGUCCCUGGAUGGCGACAUGGAUGGAGCAGCAGACGCACUGCUGGCUCAGGAGACAGCAGCAAAGGCCGCCGGCCCCUCUGCCCCUGCUCCCUCCGCUGCUCUUACGACCGCCCCUCCUCCUCCUCCUGCCGCUGGUGCUGCUAGUGGUGGUGCUGCUGCUGCUGAGGUAACAGCAGGCAGGAGUGCACGGCAUCGGUCAGGAGAGAAGAAAGAACAGCCAGUGUCCCCCUUUCUUCUUUUCGACCCCAUUCCCUCCCACCCUUUUUCCCCUUUCCACCCGUUUACCCUCUUCAACUCCUUUUCCCUCUUCAGUCCCUCCUCCCUCUUCGAUCCAUUUUCCCCCUCUCGACUCCUUCUCGUCCACCCCUUCCGGUUGUACCCCCACCUUCUCAUUUCCCGGCCUUGCCUCCACGCAGGGAGGGGGAGUGGCAGAGAGGGCCGUGUUGGAGCAGCUGCUGCUGCUGUACCCGCGGGUGGACAGCGACUCGCUCCUGCAAGUGUGGCGAUUCUCUCAGGUGUGGCGAUUCUCUCAGGUGUGGCGAUUCUCUCAGGUGUGGCGAUUCUCUCAGGUGUGGCGAUUCUCUCAGAGGUGGCAGCAGAAGCAGAAGCAGCCGCCCGAGGUCCAAGCACCCAGCGCAGCAGGCCACAGGCAGCACAGAGAGCGGGGCAGAGGCGGCAGGAGGAGGCCGGUGAGGCGUGGAAGAGAGGGGAGAGGCAGCGAGCAGCAGCCCUUGCAGACAAGGGUCACGAGUAUCGGGAGCAAUAUCAAGAGCUCAUGGAGGAAGCAGGGCAACGUAUAUUCAGGGAAAACAACGAGCGGCUGGGAAACAACAUGGAUGUGGAUCUGCACCACCUGCAUGUGGACGAGGCCUUGCAGCACCUGCAGCUGCACCUCACUCUCCUGCAAACCCUGCCCACUCUGAGCAGCAUAACGGUCAUCACUGGUAGAGGCAAGCACAGCGCUUCUGGGCAAGCCAAAAUCAAACCUGCGGUAAGGUUGGGGGAAAGGGAAGGGACGGAGGGGGCGGCGGAGAGUGGGAGGGGUUAA